AUGUCCAUUUCGGGCAAAUCCAUCUUUCUGCGAUCCAUUGACGAUCCCGCCGUCAGCAAGCAGUACACCCAACACACCACACAGACAACCGUCGCCCGCUUCUCGCCCUCGGGCUUCUAUGUCGCCAGCGGAGAUGUGUCGGGCAUGGUCAGGGUCUGGGAUUGCGCCGGCGAGGGUGCAACAAAGGGCGAAUACCCCAUCAUCGCCGGCCGCAUCAACGACCUGGCCUGGGACGGUGACUCGCAGCGCAUCAUUGCCGUAGGCGACGGCAAGGAGCGCUUCGGCCACUGCAUCACCGCUGACAGCGGUAACAGCGUGGGCGAGAUCUCGGGCCAUUCGUCGCAAAUCAACUGUGUCUCCAUCCGCCAGCAGCGCCCCCUACGCGCAGCCACCGGCUCCGACGACACAAGCCUCGUCUUCUACCACGGUGCUCCCUUCAAGUUCAACACUAGCCUGCGCGGGCAACACAACCGCUUCGUUUUCGGCACCGCCUUCUCGCCCGAUGGCUCCGUAUUCGCCAGUGUGGGCGCCGACAAGCGCAUCUGGCUAUACGACGGCAAGACUGGCGAGGCCAAGAACCAGAUCGGUGAGGGAGUUCAUACCGGUAGUAUCUUUGGCAUCUCCUGGUCCAAGGACUCGAAUAGGUUCGUCACUGCUAGUGCUGACCAGACGGUACGCAUCUGGGAUCCCGAAGCCGGCAAGGCGAUCCAGACGUGGAGGAUGGGUGACGAAGGCGUUGUCAGUGUGCCUGACCAGCAGGUCGGCGUAGUCUGGCCCACGGGCCGCAGCGAUGGUCUGAUUGUCAGCGUCGAUCUGGACGGGAACCUGAACUACCUCGUCGAUGGCAACCCCAAGCCAACUCGCGUUAUUCGGGGCCACCAGAAGAACAUCACAUCAGCUGCCAUAGCAGGUUCGACCUUCGCCACCGGCAGCUACGAGGGGCGCGUUCUUGCAUGGGACACGACAACAGGACUGGCCGACAAGGUCGACGGCGCAGCCCAUACCAGCUAUGUCGCUGGCAUCACUACAUCCGACAGCAGUAGCGGAAAGGAGCUCUACAGUGUCGGCUGGGACGACACCUUACGCUCCAUUUCGGCACCAGAGAAGAUCUUUACUGGAGAAGCGCAUGACCUCAAGUUCCAGCCUAAGGGCGUUGCUGCGACAUCCAGCACGGUGCUCAUCCCUUCAUCCGAUGCCAUUGCCGUCUACUCCAAGGGCACUCAAGUCAGCUCACUAGCAGUCAAGUACACGCCUACAUCCAUCGCCGCGCACGGAACUACUGUAGCCGUAGGUGGAGAUGAUAAGCUUGUGCACAUCUACACGCUUUCAGGCACCGAGCUCAAGGACACCGAGACGGUUUUGCGCCGCGCCACUUCGCCCAUCUCCGCGCUUGCCUUCUCGCAGUCAGGUAGCAAGCUUGCCGUCGGUGCAGCCAACGGCAAGAUAUAUGCGUAUGAUGCAAGCGCAAGCUGGAAUCUCAUCACGGACAGAUGGAGUGCCCACACUGCACGCAUCACUUGCUUGGCUUGGGACGAGAGCGAAAAGUACGCAGCAAGUGGCAGUUUGGAUACUAACGUCAUGGUCUGGAGUACCGAGGAUCCCGGUAAGCGUAUCAAGGCUCUUAACGCCCACAAAGACGGUGUCAACGGUGUGGCAUGGGAAAAGGCGACCAGGGUCAUCUCAGCCGGCGGAGAUGCAAGUGUCAAAGUCUGGACUGUCAAGGCAUAA